GGGGAAUCGGCCUAGCGCAUGCUGAUUUUGAUACUCCAGUGCGCGAGAAAGCCUUGCCGCCUCUGCGCCACCAUAUCGAUGCGCCGCCUGGGCGCUUCGGAUUUUCGCGGAGUCCGCGAGCGCCGUUCCGGCGCCUUCUCUUCCAAGAUCUGGUUUGGCGAGAAACGCCUCAUCCUCGGCACCUACGACACCGCAGAGGAGGCGGACGCCGCGUGGCGUCUCCUGAGGCUUUGCCGGGAGAUGAAUUUUCCCGACGUGUCGAGCCAGCGGGCGCAGGAUCUCGUGCCUCUCCCGCCGCUUUUCACCAACGACGAUCGUCGUGUCCACCGGAGACGGCAGCGUCGCCUUGCCAUCGUCGAGAUGGACGUGGAAACCAUGGUGGUGUGGUGCGAACGCUUCCCGCGGGACAUCGUCGACGAGCGCCAGUUCUACAAGUAAAGAAGGACGGAGAAGGAUGCGAGGAGGAUGGAGCGAGCCGCCUAUCGGAAGGACAAGCGUGCGCGGAAACAGGCCGCUCAAUUGAAACUGAAGCUACGAGAAACGUCGGGAUAGGACUUCGAGGACGAGCGGUAUAUUGACGCCUACAUUCAGACGUCGGAGAAGGACAUUGCCGAGUCGGAGUCGGAAAGCAACGAGUAGUUAAUCUUUUC